CUGCCUCUGUAGUGAAGCCUGCGCUGAUGCAGCGAGAGCUGCCUCACUUCUCAAAUGACUGAUCUCCGACAUGGGCGACGCUUGUGCUGCACCGUCGCCAGCAUUGGCCUAGUGCGCGAAUGGGAAAAAGAGAUGGGUGUGGCUGAGCGAACUACAAGUGCAUAACCAAAUUUCCGCAACAUGCUGGGGUUGAAGGUACGGUGGAGAUGCUACACUGGAUUUGGGACACAGCGUUUGCAGCCGUUGGCGGUGACAGCUUAUCUUUUGAGAUCUAUCUACCUCGGAAAGAGUAUGGAGGAAAUGGCACUUUAGAAAAGGUGCUAGGACUGUUCAUGCACGAAGUGCUCCUAGCAGGAUGGGGAAUGCCCAUUGGGAAGCUUGGAAGAACUCAGCAGAUUUUGCAAAGAAAAGGGCAGAUGGGAUUUCUUCCUGUCAAGUGCCCCCUCUGAACAUGCGGGAUGGUGUCAGUACUCCCCCAAACUGCAUCGCCUUCUUCUAGACUUAGUGCCUUGACCAUCUGAAUACUAUGUCCCUUAACGGGGUUUCAAGGCAAGCUUGGCGAGUGUCCUCUAGGAAUUUGCAAUCCAUGAAGGACUUUUGAGUGCGUACAUCACAUUGAUCAUCCAAAUGGUACUCUAAAGUUAUUUGUUGCUUCGCUGGUCUUGCGCAUACGCCUUAUCCCCCAAUACCCACGAACCUCGUAUGUUGAAUAAUGAUGCAAAAUCGUGUGGUCGGCCUGGAAAGCCGACAGGUAAGUCAGCUCUGUAGCAAUAGUAAACAAGUUCAUUGCGUAAGGACUUACGCUACCAUGCUGAUCAAACGACCUCAAUGGUUUCCUAUCUCAAUGCUGAUUAAUUCUGGUCUUAAAGUACCUUCUCAUAGAGAUUAUAGAUUGAAAAUGUCGUCGAGAUAAAGAUGUGAGCUG